UGCGCACAACAUCGUGGCGGAUCCUGCCUACGCUGGCAAGCGCAGAGAUCAAGGGGUGCAGAGCCCGAGCAAUGGAGUUCGGAAGGCCUUGGAGUAUGCUCAAGGCUGCGCCCAGGACCACGAGCUCCUCUUCCAGCAGAGCAUGAAACGAAAGGGCCGGCUGACUGCUGACAUCACGGGCGCCGGGCAGCACCCGCGGCCCAAGCUGGAGGGCCACAACAAGAAGGCUCCAGAGGGCGGCAACCCCAUGAUGAUGAGAUCCGGGGCCUCCCACAUCUUGAACCCCCGCGAAGAUGAUCCUCCACCUCCCGAUCGGAUCUGCACUGCGCGGAAGGCCCGAGGCGAGUUUAAGGAGGGCUAUUCCGCGGAGUGCAACAAGAUGGCUAUCAAUUGGAACCAGGACCUAUACAGGUUCGAGGUGCUGGCCUAUGGGGGCGAGGGCACCCGGCCGCUGUACCGCUCCACGUCCUGCCCGCCAAAGCACAGCGCGCGAAACCCCGUCACGGGCGAGCAGCAGGACGGAUACCGGACUCCACGUCGGCCAACGGAGCACGAGCAGAAAGCAAGGGAGAUGUCAGGCCAAGGGGUCCGGCUCUUGACCGACCACAGCAUCCUGGAAGAGAAGGCUCAGCAGCACCGCGAUGGUCGCCUCACCGGGGACGAGAACUUCGCGAAGCUUUGCAAAGCUGGCGUAGAGCUUGGAGCUGCCAGACAUGCAGAGGUGUCGAAGAUCAAGGCCACGCAGUGGAGGGGCCUGUCAACCAACGUAGCCAAUGCACUCAGGUGGGAGGACUGACUUGGCGCAGCGUGCUAGUCUCAAAGUAGGUUCGCGCAGCAAAGCUGGCACCCUUAGCUCUGUAGAUCCAAGAGCUGGGCUCGCGGAGUCCGUCCUUCCAUCUCCUCUUGCAGGGCUUCGUUUGGAGCGGCC